CCAACUUCAUCUCCUGUUUAUUGAAGCGCCAGGAACUGAACCUUGCCCUCGUUAAUUAGUUUCCGUCCCGUCACCAUUGUCACUGAUGCGUUGUCUUUGGUCUGAUGUAUGGUCUUUGGUUCUUAGUCCUUAUUCCCUGUCCAAGGCCCAAGACAACAUGACCCACCCCGCAGCCAAAAUGUCGUCAUCGGUCUCCCAAAAUCUUCACCCCUCCAAGACUUGUACCCUGGACUAUCUUGAAUCUUGCCUUGGUUCUUGUGCUUUGAAUAAAAUUUACCACGUUAGACAGCAUAGCGUAGACCCGUAAAUAUAAUGAAAGGGGCCUUUUAUU